UGUGUGAGGUUUCUAUGUACGUGUUUAUGUUUAUACGUUUGUAAAUGUAACUAACUAGAUGAAUAUACCUUAAGCUGAAAUACAUACCAGUGAUGAAGGGGAAUCCGAGCGAGAAAAUGUCAAAACUAUGACUUUUCUUCCUUUUCUAUUCUUCCUAAUCGCAUUCCGAGCUAUUCCCACGAUCAGCAAACAAUGCGCGCACGCGAGUAACCCUUUGUAAACGGAAACGGAUGCAAGGAGGAAAAUCGCAAGGACGGGAGCGCUCGACAACGUCUUCGCCGAUAUUGACGGAACUCAAGCUCGGCAAUGAAUGCAACAGGAACAGAGAUUGCGAAAGUUUCAUCGCCAACAGUCAUUGCUACUAUGGUUACUGUCGGUGUCAACCCUUUUUCGCCGAACACAAUGGAACACGUUGCCUCGAGUCUACUCUAUUAGGUAACGAUUGUAUCGUAAAGGAACAGUGCUCGUUGAAGGUAGCAUACAGUAGCUGUCUAGAAGGAGCAUGCAGAUGCGUCGAAGGUUAUUUGCAAUUUCGAAGACACACCUGUUUAGGACCUGCAAAAUUGGGAGAGGUGUGUUACGAACACGCUCAUUGCCGAUUAUGGGAUCCAAAUACUCACUGUGACUUUCUUAUUCCUGAUCUAUUUGGACGCUGUCAAUGUACAGCUCCUAUGCGUCGUGAUGGUGACGUCUGCAGUCCCGACAGUCUUGUAAGGCCUUCUUUACCCUUGGAUCAAGAAAUUAAUUCACAGACGAUAACCGAACAGAUCAUGGAAACCAACGAAGAGAAUACAGAUAUUUUAAUGGCAACUUUCAAACCAGAGAACAUUGAAGAUCAGGAUAGUACCGGAGUUCAGAUAUCUUGGUUGAAGAAUGCAACGAUGCUUUUAUCGACGACAACGAACAGUCAACUAAUACCUGUUAAUUUAGUAACCAGACCUAGUUUUGUAAUUGGUAGACCACAUCGACCAAGCUCUACCGAGAUUGCCGAUGACGAUGAUGCAAUUGUCAUCGAAGCUGAGCCUACGGAACUAGCUCAGACCACGAUAGUUUCAAUGACUCCAGGUAAUUAUUUAUAUAUUUCAUUAUUUCUUUCCUUCACUUGUACAUUCGUUCGCGUGUCUCUGUUUUCAGCUCCGAUCAAAACGGAUCGCCACGAACCGACGACGAUGACAGCCGUCAGUUUAGGUCUCCCAUGUAUCUCUAAUUUAGAAUGUCGAAUGGCGGAUCCAUUCUCGAGAUGUAUCGACGGAAUAUGUGAUUGUAAUUUCCCUUCAAAUUCAACUUGCAAUGCAAAGAAAGGUGGUUGCACUCCAGGUACCUUCCAAUGUAGAAGUUCAGGUAACUGCAUCAGUUGGUUCUUCGUUUGCGAUGGUCGUGCAGAUUGCAUUGACGGCUCUGACGAGGAGUGUUCCAAGGGUAGUUGUCCUGCUCAAGCUUUUAAAUGCGUAAAAAGUGGCAUUUGCGUGUCCCGAGCAGGUCUUUGUGAUGGAAACAGAGAUUGUCCGGACAACGAGGAUGAAAAGGAUUGCAACAAUCGACGAAAAUGUCCCGAGGGAGCAUUCAGAUGUAACAAUGGCCAAUGUUUACCGGCGUAUGAGUUCUGCAAUGCAGUAGUAUCUUGUCGGGAUGGUAGCGACGAACCUAGAGGAGCCUGUCGAACACGAUAUCGUGGUAGAAUAGCGCCUAGGACGUGUCCUUUCAAAUGCGAUAAUGGCAGAUGUCGUUCAGAUGCGAUUGCCUGUAGUGGACGUGACGGAUGUGGUGAUGGUUCCGAUGAACAACAUUGCUCCGUCUGUAAAUGUACCGAUACAGUCUGAUUUAAUGCAGUUUCCAUGCAUGUCAUCAUCGUCGUUGUCAUUGCCGGAAAUCCGUGGACAAAAAGAAGAACUGAGAAGUUAAAUGGAAAUAAUGUAAAUCAUCAAACGUAUGUACCUAUCUUCGAGUACGAGGAAGAUCCAGGAACUCUGUUGAAUACAUGUUAAGGGAGGAAGUAUAACCAAAGAUCCUUUAAGCCAGCUUGAGUUUCACGAAUCCAUUGUGAAUCUUUAACUGUUGGAAAUUGAAUUCGUCGCUUGUUGAAUCUCAACAGGAUUUGUGUAUUUAUUAUUUUAGUCGAAGUAUGAAAUAAUAUCAGAAUAUGUAUUUUAUAUAAGGAAAUUUUAUAUAUACAUAUAUUAUGACGAAUCAGAAGACGUUUUGGAAAAAAAUCCACAUGAUUGAGACGCGAUCGUGUCAAGAGCUUUUUUACAAUUCUCAAAUAUUGUAAUAAUUUUUGGACAGGAAAUUGACGCAAGCCCUAACAAUGAUCUAUAUAAAUUCAUUUCUCAAUUUAACAAUUAACUAUAAUUCGCCAGCAAGUAGCUGGAGUCUUAUGUACAGUAUCUAUCACGCUUUUAUUAUGCUUCUUGAUUCGUCUCGUUGAACGGAUUAUAAAUAUAACAUUUUUAUAUUUCAUCGAUUUAACGAUGUUACAUCGUUAAAUAGAAAUUAACCGAAACGACGAAGAACGUAAUGACUGCUUUGAAAAUAAUUUUACUACGGUUUCUCAAAAAUGAGAUCACUUAUAUGUAUUUAUGUAAAACUUCACGGCCGAGUGUGUUUACUUUACAAGGUUAAUGUCUAUAUGAAUGAUGAAUAGAAAUAGAAGCACGAGCAUUCAUUAAGAUAUAUAUAUAUAUAUAUAUAUAUAUAUAUAUAUAUAUAUAUAUAUAUAUAUAUCAUAAGUUACAAUAGAACGGAAAUGACAAGGAAAAAAAAAAGAAAAAAAGCUAACAUAACAUAAAAACCAAAAAUAGAUAACGAGCUCACAUCAAGCAGUCAAUAAUAAAUAUAAUACAAAUAUUUUUCGUACUUCCGAGUAUAGUUAUCUGCCAAUUUACUGGAUUAUUUAGUUUUAAAUACAUAACAACCUUCGAGAAUCCAUUAUAUAUAUAGAGAAAUAACAUCUAAGUUUAAUUUUAUUAAUUAGCGCUCAUUAGCGUUGUAGUGGUUAGUAGUGGUUAGUAGUUAGUUAGAAAUAAAAUUAGGAAAUGGUUAUUUCCUGAGGAAGAGAUACAAUGAAUUAAAAAAAAGAAAGGAAAAAUAAAAGAACAAAGUGCACUUCUGUACGCUAUUGCGUCUGUUACUCGUCAAUAUUUGCAUAAUAUCUUUGUCCUAUUAGUCCACAAUAUCUUGUCCGUUGACAAUUGAUUUAUUACGCAUGAAAAAAAUAUCUUGAAAUUAGCAUUCAAAUAAACUUAAUUUAAUCGA